AUGCAGUCAUUUUUCUUUCUUUUACCAAUUUUGGCACGUACAACUUGGAGUACAUCUGCGUCUUGUCCCUCAGCAACGUGGUCACAAGUAGGAAGAACAGUGGUCGGCGGAAUACAAGGAAAUGCUAUAAAUCAACUUCAUUAUCCAGUGGGAUUGUUUAUUGAUCCAAAUGAUUGUCUUUUCAUUGCUGACAGUCGAAAUGAUCGUGUAAUAAAAGUGGAACAGGGCGCAUCAAUCGGUACCGUUGUAGCUAGUAAACUUCAUACACCAACUGAUGUCAGUGUCGAUAAACAGGGUAAUCUAUACAUUGUGGAUUUGAGCACGAGCGAAGGCUCAUCAGGGCGUGUGACAUAUUGGAUUAAUGGUUCAAACACGAAUAUCCUUGAUGCUUUCGAACAGCUUGACGCCAUCGUUUUCGAUACAAAAGAAGAGUAUUUUUAUGUUACGCAACGCUCUAAUGGAGGUAUUAUUAGAUAUAAAAAAGAUGGCACCGGUGAACACACUAUUAUUGGCAAUUUCGGAGAGGGAUCAGCUCUUUUUCAACUCGAUCAACCUUGGGAUGUCGCUAUCGAUGCCAGUGGAGUCAUUUAUAUAGCCGAUAGUGGAAAUAAUCGGGUUAUCAAGUGGCCAAUGAAUGCAACAGAAGGGAUUCUCAUUGGCGGUGGCAAUAACUAUGGUAAUCGCACAGAUCAACUAGCUGCUCCACGUGGUGUUUUUGUUGAUCAUUUGGGUACAGUUUAUGUGGCUGAUACAUAUAAUGACCGUAUCAUUCGUAUUCCAGUCGGCAGUAAAACAGGAACGAUCAUUGUCGGAGGACAUGGUAGAGCUAUUGUUCAAUCAUUGGUUUCUAUAAGUCGAAUGACAAGUACUCAUCAAACAUCAUCAACUGUAUCGCUUUAUCAUGAAGAUCGAAAUGAAUUUAUUGGAAAUAAAUGUCUUGCUAAUAGUAAUCCAACACGUCGAAGUCUUUCGAAUAUAAUUCGUUAUAGUGAUAUAUUAAAUUAUGUUGGUUUUAUUCUUCGAUCUCAUUCAUUAUUUUAUUGUUCAUUUCCGAAAGUUGCAACAUGA